CCCGCCCCCCGAGCCCGUGGCCGAACCACGCCACGCGUGCCUAGCCAGCCCGCCGGCAUCCCCCGCCGCUCCCACCGCCCCCGGGCCCCGAUGGACUGAAUGAAGGCUGCCUACACCGCCUAUCGAUGCCUCACCAAAGACCUAGAAGGCUGCGCCAUGAACCCGGAGCUGACAAUGGAAAGUCUGGGCACUUUGCACGGGCCGGUCGGCGGCGGCAGCGGCGGGGGCGGCGGCGGGGGCGGAGGGGGCGGGGGCGGGGGCCCGGGCCAUGAGCAGGAGCUGCUGGCCAGCCCCAGCCCCCACCACGCGGGCCGCGGUGCUGCCGGCUCGCUGCGCGGCCCGCCGCCGCCAACCGCGCAUCAGGAGCUGGGCACCGCAGCGGCGGCGGCAGCCGCGGCGUCGCGCUCGGCCAUGGUCACCAGUAUGGCCUCGAUCCUGGACGGCAGCGACUACCGACCAGAGCUCUCCAUCCCGCUACACCACGCCAUGAGUAUGUCCUGCGACUCGUCGCCGCCAGGCAUGGGCAUGAGCAACACCUACACUACGCUGACGCCGCUCCAGCCUCUGCCACCCAUCUCUACGGUCUCAGACAAGUUCCACCACCCGCACCCUCACCACCAUCCUCACCACCACCAUCACCACCACCAUCACCAUCAGCGUCUGUCCGGCAACGUCAGUGGCAGCUUCACUCUCAUGCGGGACGAGCGCGGGCUUCCGUCCAUGAACAACCUUUACAGCCCUUACAAGGAGAUGCCUAGUAUGAGCCAGAGCCUGUCUCCAUUGGCUGCCACGCCGCUGGGCAACGGGCUGGGUGGCCUUCACAAUGCUCAGCAGAGCCUGCCCAACUACGGUCCGCCGGGCCAUGACAAAAUGCUCAGCCCCAAUUUCGACGCGCACCACACUGCCAUGCUGACCCGCGGUGAGCAACACCUGUCCCGAGGCCUGGGCACCCCGCCUGCGGCCAUGAUGUCUCACCUCAAUGGCUUACACCACCCUGGCCACACUCAGUCCCACGGGCCAGUGCUGGCUCCUAGUCGUGAGCGGCCCCCUUCGUCCUCCUCGGGUUCUCAGGUGGCCACAUCGGGGCAGCUGGAAGAGAUCAACACCAAAGAGGUGGCCCAGCGUAUCACCGCCGAGCUGAAGCGCUACAGCAUCCCGCAGGCGAUCUUCGCACAGAGGGUUCUAUGCCGGUCUCAGGGGACUCUCUCCGACCUGCUCCGGAAUCCCAAACCCUGGAGUAAACUCAAAUCUGGCAGGGAGACCUUCCGCAGAAUGUGGAAGUGGCUGCAGGAGCCCGAGUUCCAGCGCAUGUCUGCCUUACGCCUGGCAGCAUGCAAACGAAAAGAGCAAGAACCAAACAAAGACAGGAACAACUCGCAGAAGAAAUCCCGCCUGGUGUUCACGGACCUCCAACGCCGAACACUCUUCGCCAUCUUCAAGGAGAAUAAGCGCCCUUCGAAGGAGAUGCAGAUCACCAUUUCCCAGCAACUUGGGCUGGAGCUGACCACUGUCAGUAACUUCUUCAUGAAUGCCCGGCGUCGCAGCCUGGAGAAAUGGCAAGAUGACCUGGGCACAGGGGGUUCUUCAUCCACCUCCAGCACUUGUACCAAAGCAUGAUGCAAGGACUCUCCACCUGGGCACACGUCAUCUCCAAAUGAGGACAACACAUAAAACCAAAAACCAAAACCAAAAACCAAAACCAAAACCAAAACCAAAAAACCCAAAA